UUCAGGGUUGAAACUGAGUUAUGCCUUGGAAAGAGUUUAGAAGUGUCAUAAAUAAAGGUGCCUUCAAGCCUGUUACCAUGGUGAUCAAAAGCGUCAAAACAAAAAAAGUUCACACCUGAACGGAAACAUUGCUUCACUGACAUCUCUUCAUUAGUUAUCAUGGACCUGCCAGUGGAAGAAUCGGUGGUAUUGGCGGUGGAAAGGCGGCGGACGGCAGAGGCAGUGCGUCAGAAACGCAUUUUUAACACCCGAAACCGGUUGAUUGGUGUAGACGUGGCUGCACUGGAGCGGCAGGUAACGGAGAGGCGUGAGCGGGAGGAGAUGGAAAGACAACAAGACAGAGCUUUCGAUGCUUUGCGGGUGAUGAAUGAUGCCGUGCUUAUGCACCAGGUUGAAGAAGAAGAACGCAGAAGAGCGGAGCUGUCCAGGGAAUUAGUACAGUUUCGUGCGAUUCACCAGCGCGCACAAGACUCCCGUGACGCUGAUCUCAAUUUUAACAAACAGGGGACGUCUGAGCUAAUGUCAGAUUCCGAUUUUGAAUUUAGACCAGCGAGUAUGCAGGUAUUCCAGGGAGGAGAUGGCAAAGACAGGGAGAAGAAGAGAGCUCAGAUGGAAGCAUAUGGGAGAGCCCUGAAAGCACAGGCAGAGGAAAAGAAGCAACUGCGCCUCCAGCACAAACACACAGAACUACUCAGAGACCAGGAACAGCUGAGGGAGGAUCUGAGGGCACAGCAGUUCUGUGUUUUGGAGGAUGAGUGUAAAAGAACAGCUCAUGUCACUCUCAGCAAAUACAACCAGGCUCAGGCCACAGAAAAGGCAGAGCAGCAGAGAAUAAACAGACUAAAGGAGGAGGGGGAGAAUUUUGCAGAGGUGUGGCACAUGAUGACCUCUGAUCUCCUGACCGAGUGCCCUGAAGCCGCAGAGAAAAGAGGAGGAGCGCAAGAGAAGGAGGGGGUGGCACCAAGGGUGCUGACAGACAGGUGGAAGGGGAUGAGUGCAGAGCAACUGAGUGCCAUCCGCAGGCAGAGAGAAGAGCAGUGUGCUGACAGAGUGAGGCAGCGAAGGACAGAGAAGAAGAGAGAGGCAGCAUGGGACUGUCUGCAGAUGGAACAAAUCCAGGAAGAAGAGGUAGAGAAACAGAGAGCAGUGGAGAGGGAGAGAGAAAGGAGGACAGAGAUGGACAGAUACAACAGACAGCUGGCCAGAGAGCAGUGCGCACAUCAGCAAUAUCUGGACAAGAAGCUAUACACCAACAGACCUACAGCUGACUACUUCACACAGUUCAACAGCAGCUCUCGCUAGCACCCCCUGUCUCCACUUCUGCCUCUCUACAACACACUGUCAUAAAUCACUAUUCAUGGACUAUCUAGAACCAGAAGCACAUGAAAGCAUACAUGUACUCACAUGCACAGGUGCUCACACACACACAAAUACAAACAUGUGCAUACGCAUACAGACACUCAGUUAAAAUGAAGAGAAUAAUACCAGAAUUAUGUCCGUUUAGAUGUAAUUUUAAUCAGUUGUUAGCAUUAUUCCACAGAAAAUAAAAUAUGCAUUCUCCAACUCCAGCUGCUGUCUCGUCCGGGUUUGUAAAUCCAACAGAAAGUAUACCUUGAUCCAAAAGUUGAGCACAUUACUAUAAAAAACACUUCCUCAAUUGUGUACAACAUACACAAAGGCAGGUGUAAUUGCUGUCAGGAAUAUUUGGAACCACAUGAAUUUUUGCAGUUAAUUAUUUCAACUAAACAUUUGUGCAAGAGAAUGAUGAAUUUUUUGCAUUUACGUUUUUGUCACUUUGCAGACUCUCUUAUCCAGAGUGACAAACAAGAUGAGUAUAUUUAAUGUCAUAUUUCUAUUUGCAUCAAAGCAGUUAGUUUUUCUAAAACUCAUAAUAAAAGACAAGCCAGUGUAAUUUCUGUAAUAAUAAGAGACUUUGACUCUUGUUGGGGUUCUGCAUAAUCCAAAGAUUUUACUUUUUUAUUUGACUACAGCGACUGAUGCAAUAAGCAUGUAUAACAUCACUCUUAGACACACCCCCCUGCCUUGACCUGUCCCCCAAUGCCAAAAGACUCUUGUAACAGCACCUCCCACAAUCACAACAUCAUCACUGUAAUCUCAUCUAUUAUGAUACAUUUGUCCUGUGCUUUUAAUUUGAAUGUUAUGGUGUAAAAAAGAAAUGAAUGAGGAGACAGGGGAAAAGUAACACAUAACAUUAAAAUACCCACCCAAAAUCCAACAGGCAGAGCAGUAAUUGUCUGUACGUCCACAAAGCUUGCAAAUUCUGCGUUACCCCAUAUCCAGUAGCAGAGCCUCUAGGCUCCUCUAUCUACAGAUAAUCUUGGAGGAAUGUUACAAAAUUAAUUCCUCUUGCUUUAAAAUGUAUUGUUUAAACAAAAAAAUUUUCAUGACAACAGGUAAGGAUCUAAUUAGAUGAUAAACUAAUGACAAAAUGUACAUGCAUUUGCAUGCAUGUUUGUGUGUGUAAGUGUUUGCAUCUGUGUGUGUGUGUGUGUGUGAGAGAGAGAGAGAGAAAUAAAUAUAGGGGGCUGACACAGUGAAGUGGCUUCCCACUCAAACCAGAGUCUGGUCAAAAUUUUACGGUUCCUUGCAUCUCACUGUCCAGUUUACUGAUUUGAGUGGAUCAAGUCAUGCAACCACUGCAGGAGUGAAUGUGUAAGUGCAUAUUCUUAGUCAUUAGAAAUGCAUCAGCAGGAUUAAACUCUGACAAACAUUUACUCUACUGCCUGUCUUCACGAUGACAACACGAUGACAGUGCAUCUCAUUUGUAUCUUAUCAUUGGUCAGGUCUUUCUUUUUCUUUUUUUAAUGACAAUAGCUAUUGAUGUUUCAUACAUUGUAUAUUUUAUUGUUUAACAUUGCAGUUACUAUCACUAAAAGAGCAGUGGGGUAGAUAUAACAUUUUUUUUUCCUAACAGUUUUUCCUCAACUAUGCCCUAAAUUUCUAAAACAACCAGAUCACUACCAACAUUCACUAGGAACAAACAUUAAAAGCAAGAGCUUGCAUUUGGUCAUUUUUUAAAUAAAAAAAAACACUUCCCCUCAACAGCUUUGAAAUAAAAUAUAAACACACACAUUUUAAUCCAAACAAUGUCUGAUAAAUAACACAAUCUGUUGGGUGGUAUUUACAUUCAGAGUGACAUUUGGAUCUCCCCAUCCCUGGUCACUCUCUCUCUCAAUCUCACACACACAUACGCACAGCCACGUACUCAUUGUAUACAUAAGCCACUGUAAAAACAAAAACAGGAUAUUUGGUAGAGAAACAGUGUUCUUCUUCACAGCCAUAAAAUGCAAAUACUUUACAUGUCUGAUGAACAUAAUAAGUAUCAUGCACAUAUUUUAAUUUAAAGGGAUCUCUUGAUGUACAACACCUGCCCAUGAACAAAGAUCAUGCUGUCAUUCUGCUAAAUAAUGACUAGGGGUAGAAUUUUAUUAGCAUACAGCUGACAUGCUGUUAAAACACAGAGAGCAGCACUGUGAUCAGAACAAAAUACUCACUCUAAAUACAGAAGAUUUAGAAUGAAGAAAGAAGAUUUAAAACUAAGUGAUACAAACAUAAAAACUCCUAAAUAUGCUAGUCAAGACACUAAGGAU